UUCGGAGUAUUUAGUUUCUGUUUCGAUUCAACAAUAUGGCAUGAAUGGUGUUCGCAGUAUUUAGAUACUGUUUAUGUCGAUCGAUAAGGGCUGUACUCACUCUGGACAAAGCUCAAUCAUACACGUGCAUGCGUUUGUUGGCUCUGUAUUCCGAUGGCAGAACAAGGCGUCCGUCACAAGGUUGUGGAAAACGUCGAUGACUGCGUCAAGGCCGUCGAUGACCUCCUUCGGGAAUCUGUCGUUGCUAUUGACUGUGAGGGAAUCAAUCUCGGAAAGAAGGGCCCUCUCACCCUCCUCCAGGUUGCCAAACUAGACGGUUUUGUCUACCUGUUCAAUGUGUUCGCCGAGCCAAAGGUCUUCACUGAAGGCCGACUGAAGUCUUUUUUGGAAAAUGGAAACAUCGUCAAGGUAUUUCACGCCUGUAAUAAUGACAGCGCUGCCCUGAAGUGUCAGUUUGAUGUCAUGCUGACCAAUGUCUUUGACGUGCAGACGGCUCUUUUCAUCAUUGAAAAAUCUGAAGGGAGACAACUCCCAACUCCCCGGAAGUUGAUGGAUGUUUGCGGCCGGUACACUGACGUCACUUCCCUUGAGGGAAAAGAUGAUGUUAUAGCAAAAUGGUACAAAAACGAUGCUGCCUAUUGGGCCAGAAGAGAUUUCACACCGGAAAUGACAGACUACGCAUGUGCAGAUGUACGGGUUCUGAUUCCAGAGGUGUAUGGCAAGCUGAAAAGUGUACUUGACGAGAAGGAUCUCUGGAGGGGUUUUAGGGAAAAGGUUCAUUACGAGCUCAACUUUCGAUGGAACGAAGCAGUAAAGGGGGAAAGCGAUGAGGUCAUGUCAGUCGUGAAGAAAGUUCUGCGCAAAUUUCCGUCGAAGUACGCAGGCGAUGCCACGUUUGAUGAUAUUUCGGAUGAAGAUGACCUUCAAGCUCUCAAACAAGUCCGAAUCACAGAAAUUGGCGAGUUUCCUGGUGUUGUCAUUAAGUUGAAACACGAAUUUCUCAAGCAUGAGCUAAAAACGAUAGAACAAGAACUGAGUUCAAAUGGAGACUCAUUUGUUGCGACGGGAUUUCAUCUCAAUAUGUUGUAUGCCGCACAGAAAAGCAAUAACGUUGAACUGAAGAACUCAGCUCGGAGACUGCAGGAGAGAGUAAAUAAUAUACUCAAGAACGAUCUCACCGUCAAAUACACGGAGCGAACCCCAAGCGACCAUCUCAAAGAGGAAGAGAGGAGGUUUUUACGCAACCUUCCUGUCUCAACCGGAACCAGCUCAGUGGUCAACCCCGUCCUUCGCCAUCUUUACAACGUCAGCAUUGACAGUGAUGUGGAGGAUAUCGAGACUCUGCGGCAGAAGUUCUCGCGUAUAGGGAGUCGUUUCAGACUUAAGGAUGCAGACCACCGACUAUAUAAAUACUACAUCAGCGCUCCUGGAGUUCAUCCAAGGCUUAAGGCUAAGGCCAAGCUUUUUCUGAACGAGUUACAGGAGGCUGGGCUGGUGGCAGCGCCCCGAAGGAGGCAGCGGUUGUUGGAUUUUAAUUAUAUGGCAGAACAAGGCGUCCGUCACAAGGUUGUUGAUAACGUCGAUGACUGCGUCAAGGCCGUCGAUGACCUCCUACAGGAAUCUGUCGUUGCUAUGGACUGUGAGGGAAUCCACCUUGGGAAGAAGGGCCCUCUCACCCUCCUCCAGGUUGCCAAACUAGACGGUUUUGUCUACCUGUUCAAUGUGUUCGCUGAGCCAAAGGUCUUCACUGAGGGCCGACUGAAGUCUUUUUUGGAAAAUCAAGACAUCAUCAAGGUGUUUCAUGCCUGCAGCAACGACAGCGCUGCCCUCAAGGCCCAGUACGACGUCAUGCUCGUCAAUGUGUUUGAUGUACAGGCUGCCCAGUAUAUCAUUGAAAAAGCUGAAGGGAGACAACUCCCAUCUUACCGGAAGUUGAUGGAUCUGUGCGGUCGGUACACUGACGUCACAUUGCUAGAGGGGAAAGACGAAGUUCAAGCGAAAUGGUACAAGACUGAUGGCGCAUACUGGGCAAAAGCAGAAUUGUCACCGGAAAUGGUAGACUACGCAUGUGCAGAUGUCCGGAUUCUGAUACCAGAAGUUUAUGACAAGCUGAAGCGGGCUCUUGACGAGAAGGCGUUAUGGAACGAGUUUAAAGAAAGAGUAGAAUUUGAACUGAACUUUCGAUGGAAUGAGAAUGUAAAAAGUGACAAAAAUGAAGAGACCAUGACGAUCAUUAAAACCAUACUUCGCCAGUUUUCCUCGAAAUAUACCAGGAAUGUCAAGUUGGAUGACAUCACAAGCGAGGAUGACCUUCAUGCUUUGAAACAGAUUCGAAUCCAAGACACAGGACAGUUUCCUGAUAUUGUCAAGAAACUGAAAAACCAAAUUCUGAAAAAGGAAAUGGAUGAACUAGAACAAGACUUAACAGAAAAGGCAGACUCUUUCGUUCCAAUGGGAACACACUUCAGAAUGUUGGGAUCCGGAAAGAGCAGCACUGAUGGUGAAGUAUGCAUGGCAGCACGCAGGCUGAAUAACAGGCUUGAUGAGGUGCUGAAGACGGACCUAAUUGUCAAAUACAAUGAGACAACUCCAGGUAAAUACAUCUCGGAUGAUGAGAAGAGAUUCAUGAGAAGGCUACCAUCUUCUACCGGCACCAGCUCAACGGUCAACCCCGUCCUCCGCCAUCUUUACAACGUCAGCAUUGACAGCGAUGUGGAGGAAAUCGAGACUCUGUGGCAGAAGUUCCGAUGUGAAGGAAGUCGUUUCAGUCUUAGGGAUGCAGAUCACCGACUGUUUAAAUACUACAUCAGCGCUCCUGAAAUUCCACAAAAGCUAAAGGCAAAGGCGAAAGGGUUUCUGAAUCUGUUAGAGGAUGCGGGAGUCAUUUCCAGGCACAGGAAGAGACAGUAUAGGUUCUGAUUACAAAGGCCUCUAAUUAUUUACAGUUUCAACUUGAACUUAUGUAUCAAGAAAUAGAUGCGGGAGACAUUUGUUUUUUUAGAGUAAAAACACAUUCUAGUUUCAAAAUUGGAUUUCUUUAGAAGUAUUACAUUGAGAAAUAACCUAGAAGAAUAUUUGUAAAGUAUUAAAGUAUUAGUGUAAAGAAUUGCUCUGUAUAUUUCGGGGCUCAAAGCUUUUAAUUGAACAAUUGUGCCUACGGCCCGUGGAAGGAAGGUCUGACGAGGGGCCCGACAGUAGUUUGUAUCGGUCCUAUUGGCCUGCAGUACAUUUACGUACCGUUUAUUGUACAAAAAGCUGCAGUUUUAAAAAUGUUUUUGUGACAAAUAUGUUGGUUGGUUGGUUUGUUGUUUAACGCCGCACUCAGCAAUAUUCCAGCUAUGUGACGGCGGUCUGUAAAUAACUGUUUAAAACUAGAACUGUAGGCCUCCAGCAACCAAAGCUAGGCCACUUCGCUUGGGAUCAGGGGGACUAACGGUGCCUCGGUCUAUAAUAAUCGAGUCUGGGCCAGACAAUCCAGUGAUUGACAUCAUGAGCAUCGAUCCACGCAAUUGGGAUCGAUGCCAUGCAUCAAUAAAAUCAGCGAGCCUGACCACCCGAUCCCGUUAGUCGCCUUUUAAUACAAGCAUUGUCACUUUUUACGGCAAGCAUGGGUUGCUGAAGACCUGUUAUGUACAAUCAGUUCCUCAUCGUAGUUCACCUUGCACAUUAAUUUCUAUAGCUACCGCAAUCACUACGUCUCCCUGUCGAUGUAACCAGUCAAAACGCAAGCUCCUCAUUGUUGGGUUUUUGGCAUCGCAGAACGAUCUCAAAUCAACAAGUGUCGUACGUGGAAGGUAUCACGCCUAAAAUCUCAGCUAAGGACAUGUUGUAGAAACAAAGUAAGUAUGACACGAACUGUAGGAAAUGAACGUUUCAGAAAAAUGGGGUGAUGAAUUUCGUUUGUGGCUGUUGAUGGAAAAAGUAUGUCUUGUGAAACCUGCAGGGUGCGGGACAUUGAGUGUUUGUAGUAUACAUGUACAGUAAACUACGGUUAUAACGAACACGCUUAUAACGAACUGACGGAUAUAACGAACUUACUUUUUGGUCCCGACUACUUGCUGUAGUCAUGCUGUAUAUGUACAUAUAACGAACUACGGUUAUAACGAACUAAAAUUAGUAGUCCCUUUGAGUUCGAUAACCGUAGUUUACUGUAUUCGGAUAUGUAUCAAGGAAAUUUAAUUGUCGAUUGUCAAAUGUAAAUACUUGAGAAUCAAUAAUGCAACUUUGAUGAUGAUUUUGUAGCUCUGAUUAAUGUCCUACUCGUCUUUCCGGUUUACUUGCAUUGAAUAGACCAGGCCCAAUGGUCGCUUUGUGAGCAAUCAAACACUUGUUAACGUCUCACAGCAGUGUUUAAAAACAUUACACGUGGCUUUUGUCACGAAUACUUAACCAUGCCCUAUUGUGGAGGUCAUAUCAUAUUGUCGUGACAUUGGUACUAGGCAACUUAUAACUGCACACCUCUUUUGUCAAAUAUCAACACAACCAUUGCUCUAUAAGCAUUUGUUUCCUUCUGUAACACGUCUAGUUUUUUUAAUGUAUUAAAUGUAUUUUUAUAUA